GUCCGGUGUCUUCUGGGACACAUGGUAGGUCCCAGAAGGCUCCGGGCCAUUCACAAAGCGCAGCACUUCUCGCGCAUGCGCAGUACCGCAGUCUCUGGUCAUCCCUUGUACUGUCUGCAGUCUCUGGUCAUCUCCUGUCCUAUGUCCUCAGUCUCUGGCCAUCUAUUGUACUGUGUCCGCAGUCUCUGGCCAUCUAUUGUACUGUGUCCGCAGUCUCUGGCCAUCUAUUGUACUGUGUCCGCAGUCUCUGGCCAUCUAUUGUACUGUGUCCGCAGUCUCUGGCCAUCUCCUCUACUGUGUCCGCAGUCUCUGGCCAUCUCCUCUACUGUGUCCGCAGUCUCUGGCCAUCUCCUCUACUGUGUCCGCAGUCUCUGGCCAUCUCCUCUACUGUGUCCGCAGUCUCUGGCCAUCUCCUCUACUGUGUGUCCGCAGUCUCUGGCCAUCUCCUCUACUGUGUCCGCAGUCUCUGGCCAUCUCCUCUACUGUGUCCGCAGUCUCUGGCCAUCUCUUCUACUGUGUCCGCAGUCUCUGGCCAUCUCCUCUACUGUGUCCGCAGUCUCUGGUCAUCUCCUGUACUGUGUCCGCAGUCUCUGGUCAUCCCCU